AUGAAGAUAGGCCACGAUUAUCCGAUGUCUCUGGUGGAUAACUGGGGAAAGGACUACCCUAUCCCAUUGAAUAUCAACCAAAUGCAGAAGGAUCAGUUAUCUGAGCUUGCGUUCCUUCUCGGAGGUGUCGGGGAUGCACGCCAUGUCUAUGCGACGCUUAUCGGACUGCGUCGAGCCUUCGAGAAUUUGUCCAAGGCGAAACGCAAUAAAUUUCACGUGCAUUUCACCAUGUUGGAUCUUUAG